AUGUCUCGCACUUAUCAUCCCAGAACUCAAGUGCACAUUCCUACCGAUGUUUCAGUUUCUGAGGCAUUUCUUCUCCAGCCCGCAGUGCCUAUUUCCAAAGACAAAAUAAUAUUCGAAGAAGCAAUUACAGGGAAAACCAUCACCUAUCAUGAGUUCAAAAGUCGUGUUGUCCGGACGGCUUGUUGGCUCAAGAAUGAUCUUUCAGUUCAGCCUGGACAAGUAGUCACUAUAACAUCACCUAGUUGUAUUGACUAUAUAAUAGCCGCCCACGCGAUCUGGUGGCUCGGUGGUGUGGUGUCACUGAUCAACGAUGCCUUGUCACCAAAGGACAUGACAUACGCACUGGACUUGGUUCGGCCAAAGGUCAUUCUUGCAGGGCCUUCCAUCAUCCAGAAAGUGUCGAGCAGUGCACAAACAUCGUCACUAUCUGCUUCAACCUUCCGCAUUGUUCCUAUAGAUUAUACACCCAACAAUCCUGAUAGAUACUUUAACCCCUACUCUCUGAAGGAAAAUGACAAUAGGGAUGUCCUUGGGGCAAUCGUACUGUCCAGUGGCACCACGGGCCAUUCCAAAGCUGUCAUGAUAUCCCAUCAUAACCUUAUCGCUGUGAAUUACCAGUUAAGGGCAGACAACCCACAAAACUGGCGCCACGACAUGCGCGAGGUAUUCUUCCCUCCCCUCUCUCACAUUUACGCAACAUACGCCGUCAUCAACGGCGCUCCAUGGUUAGGCUACUAUGUUUGCCUACUGCCACGGUUUGAUCUCGAAGUCUAUAUGCGACUGAUGUCAACACGCAAGGCAACAUUGGCACGGUUGGUACCCCCCGUGGCAAAACUUCUUGCGGAAUCUCCUCAAGUAAGGCAAUACGACUUUUCGUCUCUUGAGUACUUCUCAUGCUCGGCUGCCCCUCUGAGUGAUAAAGUCGCAUCGAAAUUGAGAAGCGUGUUCCCCCACGUAGUCCUCUGUCAAACUUACGGAUGCACUGAGGCUUCUGGUGCGUGUGUUCAGAGUGGUGUUCGGGACAAGGAUAUGUCACCCAAUGCCUCAGGAAAAGCAGUAGCAAAUCUCGAAAUGAGAUUUCUGGAUGAUAGCGGAAACGAUGUAGGGUCCGAAGAACCAGGUGAAAUCACGUUGCGAGGCCCCAACAUCAUGAUGGGGUAUCUCCGUGACCCGGAGGCUACGGCAAAAGAUAUGCUGGAAGGUGGCUGGUAUAAAACAGGAGACCUGGGAUAUAUUGAUUGCAGUGGCUAUCUAGUCGUUAAAGGCCGCCUGAAAGACACAAUCAAGUACAAUGGAUUCCAGGUGUCACCAGUAGAACUUGAAGAGAUACUGGUCCACCACCCGGCUGUCGAAGAGGUAGCAGUGUGUGGUAUUUGGAGCGAGGAGGCCUCAUCGGACCUGGUGCGUGCUUAUGUAAUGCCUAAAAAGGGGGUCGAGGCAGGCCCGUCUGCAGCCAAGUCAAUUGCCCAGUUUCUGAAUAGCCAGGUGUCUGGUUACAAACAGCUCCGAGGCGGUGUCGUUUUUGUGGAUGAGCUGCCCAAGAGUCCAACCGGCAAGGUUCUCAAAAGAAUGCUCAAGGAUGUGCAGUUGGAUUCGGUAACGGCAAAGCAGAGCGUACCUGCCUCUAAAUUGUAA